UCUUAACAGGUUCCUUUUUCCUUCGUCGAAACCCUAACAAAUCCAAACCAAAGCCCAAAAGCCAAAAAAAAAAAAAAAACCAAAGCUGUGUUUGCAAGCAAGUACCCAUUGGUUUAGAUCUCAAGUCUUACGAACCAACAUGGGUGUCUUGCCGGAGAGUUUACGACCAUAUGGUUGGUUGAGCCGAGAAGAUGAGCCGACUAAGUCUAGACCCAAGACUGAUCGGUCUAAGCCUACGGAUAUUGUUGAACCAGAGACCGGUGAGUUUGAGUUCAGGCUUGAAGAUCCUGUCACCAUGCUUCCGGCCGAUGAGCUUUUCUCCAAUGGCAAGCUCCUGCCUUUACAUUUCUCGUCACUCAAACAACAACAACAACAGCCUCCAUUGUCUGAUACCAGGUUGCUCGAAACAGCCAAAUCUUGUCCAGAAAUGGAUCCCUACUUGUUUUCUCCCAGAGCUCCGAGGUGUUCCAGCAGGUGGAGGGAGCUUCUCGGUCUUAAAAAAUCCUCCCAAAACACUAAUCAACAACAACACCCAAAACCGGAAUCUCGAACCCCCAAAUCUCUAAAGCAUUUACUCAACAGAACCGCAAAGUCUUCACCGCCGUUGAAUCUCCCACUGUUGAAAGACUCGGAUUCCGAGACGGUUUCCAUAUCCUCAUCAAGGCUAUCCCUUUCAUCAUCAUCAUCUUCCUCGGGCCACGACCACGAGGAUCUUCCAAGGCUAUCACUUGAUUCCGACAAGCCCAGCCCCAACCCUUUCGCUCCUAGUAGAAGUAUAAACCCGAACCCACCAAGAACCGGAAGGAGUCGGAUCCGGAGGGACCCAAACACGAACCGGGGAGUUUCAGUGGAUAUUCCGAGAAUGAACUCGUCGGGGAAGAUCGUGUUUGAAAGCCUAGAAAGAAGCUCAAGCAGUCCAAGUAGAUUCAAUGGUGGUCCCAAGCUCAAACACAGAGGAAUGGAAAGGUCAUAUUCAGCUAACGUAAGGAUCACCCCGGUACUUAAUGUCCCCGUUUGUUCAUUGAGAGGAUCUUCAAAAUCGGGCUCGGUUUUCGGAUUGUUUUCGUCUUCCCAACAAAAGACUGCAAACGGAGGAAGCAACAGCAAAGGGCGUCAAUGUAACAGCAGAAGUUGAAAAAAAAAACAACUUUAACGUUUUCAUGUGGUUAUUUUCUAGAUUUUAUCUUUAUAUUUUCAUUUUCUUGCCUCUGCAACGGAACAUUGUAAUUUCGAUGUGAAAAAGACGAUGAAAAGCAGGGAUUUGUGUAUUCAGAGAUUGAAAUGAAAGGGGUCCUCUAGGUUUUUGGUUUUAUCGAUCUGAUCUGAAAGAUAUGGAAUCUCUGUUUUUCCCUGU